ACCCCCGCGUCCAGGGGAGAGCGCAAGGCCGAGGUGCACGGCCCCAAGCCCCGCGGCCCUUGCCCCGCCGGUCGAUCCAGCGCAGGCGCACUCCGCCCUUCGCCCGGCACCGCGCAGGCGCCGCUGCCGGGAGUGCUGUCAUGGCGGAGAAGGUGCAGAAGAGCGUGAAGAUCGCGCCGGGGGCCGUGGUGUGCGUGGAGAGCGAGAUCCGCGGGGACGUGACCAUCGGGCCCAGGACGGUGAUCCACCCCAAGGCCAGGAUCAUCGCCGAAGCGGGGCCCAUCGUCAUCGGGGAAGGCAACCUGAUCGAGGAGCAGGCGCUCAUCAUAAAUGGGUACCCAGAAAAUAUUACACCAGAAACUGAAGGGGUGGAGCCCAAACCAAUGGUCAUUGGCACCAACAACGUUUUUGAAGUUGGGUGUUAUUCCCAAGCAAUGAAGGUGGGAGAUAACAACGUCAUCGAAUCCAAGGCGUUUGUCGGCAGGAACGUGAUCCUGACGAGCGGCUGCAUCAUCGGGGCCUGCUGCAACAUCAACACCUACGAGGUGAUCCCCGAAAACACCGUCAUCUACGGGGCCGACUGCCUCCGCCGCGUCCAGACCGAGCGGCCGCAGCCCCAGACGCUGCAGCUGGAUUUCCUGAUGAAGAUCUUGCCGAACUACCAUCACUUAAAGAUGACGGUGAAGGCCACGUCCACUCCUGUCAAGAGCUGAGCGCCUUCUGCUGCCGGUGGCUGACUGGGGGUUUCGUCUGGUCCUGUCGAGCCCUACCCGGCCCCGGGAAGCGGCCAGUCUCCUGUCUUGCUUAUUUGCAUCCUUUAUUUAUUUUCUGCCGAGCGUCUCGGACCAGCUUUGGAUCCGUCGUCUCUGGUGCGCUCACUCUGUUGUACGUGCUUUGUUUUGGGAAUAAAAUGUCACCUCCUCUUC